GAUCAAUUCCCUAUAUCAUCAAAAUUGGGUCAUUUACAGUAAACCGUCGAGUUAAUUCAAACCGGUUUACCGGUUCUUUAUUAAAAUCGGCCGGUUCGUCUAGUUUUAGACCGAUUUGAAUGCUAAACAGUCCCCUUAUGAGACUUGGAUCGGACCAUGGUCCGCGGUCCAGUCCUGGUUUAAUAACUAUGAUAGUACUUACUAACAUGCAAAUAGAAUGUUGCCCCCUCUAUAUUCAAAGCAUACGGUAGUAUUUUACUUUGCAUUAGUUGGGGGACUCUGUUCAUCCUGCCUAACAAACUUGUAUCUCGAGGUAAAAUCUGAGUAUAGCUUACAUUGGCUGCAUUUAUAAUAAAACUGGUAUUCUGAUAAGCAUUUAAUCUUCCUUAGGAGGCAUCUAGUCUAUGUAUCUGCUUAAUUCAAUGCAUUUUUAUAGUAAGUCAUCAUUGAGAAGAAGUCUUCGUGUUUCCCUGACAUACUUUUGCAUAGAUUUGUGUCUGCUGCACACACAGUAUUGAUGUGCCUCUUUCUCAUAGUCGUUUGGUUUUUUAAUAUGUUUUUACUUCUUUCAUAUAAAAAAUUCGCUUCUAGGUGUACUUUUCUUGGCUGCGAGAAACCUUUAUUAGAAGCUUUUCUCUGGUUAAAAUUACAAGAAAUAUUCUAUGGCCUCAGGAGGAAAAUAGCUAAUGCUGAAAACAAGUUCAUGAUCAGAAUCAUUCCCGGAGAUUAAACUAAAGAAUGAUGGAGCUACGUUCCUCUUUUGCUGUACGAUCUUUGUUCUUGUUCGUAUUCCUUGUACCAACAAUUAUUGCGGACCUAAAGUCAGAUAGAAAGGCUCUUCUUGAUUUUGUUUCCGGUGUACCUCAUGGACGGAGACUCAAUUGGAACGCUAAGUCUUCAGUUUGCACAUCUUGGUCUGGAGUCAGUUGCAGUCCAAAUGGUGCUCGGGUAGUGGAGCUCCGGCUUCCUGGAAUUGGACUCCAUGGUCCUGUUCCACAAAAUACCUUAGGUAGGUUGGAUGCACUUGAGACCCUCAGCCUUCGAUCCAAUCUCCUGGAUGGGAAUCUUCCAUCUGAUAUUCUCUCUCUUCCAUCCCUCCGCUACGUAUACCUCCAACAAAACAAUUUCUCAGGUGACAUACCUUCCUCUCUUUCUAGACAACUAAAUGUGAUUGACUUUUCCUUCAACUCUUUAGCUGGGAACAUUCCAACCACAAUUCAAAAUUUGACAAGUCUCACCGUUUUGAACCUACAGAACAAUUCUUUCACAGGUUCCAUUCCUGAUUUCAAGCUUCCAAUGCUUAAACAAUUGAAUUUAAGCAAUAAUCAACUGAAUGGCUCAAUUCCAUCAUCACUCAAGGCAUACCCUGCUUCCUCAUUCAUAGGAAACUCCAAGUUGUGUGGGAAGCCCUUGAGUAAAUGCUUUUCUAUAACACCUUCUCCUUCUCCCUCUCCCUCUCCCUCCCCUUCUCCCUCUCCCUCUCCCUCGCCCUCUCCCUCU